AUGUCGACCUCUCUAUCAAUACCAGAAACUUCUGCUGACCAAUGGAAAGAUCCUAGGGAUGUGAAAUUUAUGCGACUUGCGAUAGAACAAGCAAAGCUUUCAGCACCAGUACCAACUGCAUACUGUGUUGGAGCGGUUUUCGUAAACCCGCAGACUUAUGAAACACUUGCAACUGGUUACUCACGCAAACUGCCAGGCAACACACACGCCGAAGAAUGCUGCUUGAUAAAACUGUCAUCACUUGAUCCAUCAUCUGUCUCGCCUUUCUCCUCUCUUACAAUUUACACGACGAUGGAACCCUGCUCAUCGGGGUAG